UUACCUCCUCCACUCGAUAAUUCGCUGCAUCAUCGACUCAAACUCGUCGUAUUUACCUUAAAAUGAAGAAUAAUCCACUGCAAAAUAAUGAAGAUCAAUAAACAAAAAUAAUUCUAACCUAGAUUGCAAUUAUUUGCCGAACCAUGCCCGCGGCCAGUGACUCACGUUAACUUUAUUUCGUAAUGACACAAUAUAAAUAAAUGUAUGUCAAACGACGCACGUUAGAUCCGUACAAGGAAUUUCCUCGUGCAUGUCCUCUCACGAUAAAAAGUAAAAAUGUGGACGGGGCGAGGAGAGAGGGGAGUUGAAUUGAGAUGAACGUUUUCAUCGAUCUGAUCGAGGAAAGAUCCGCCAUAUUUGGUAGAGAAACACCUCCUGCUGAGUGUAAUCAAACAGCCUUCGGAUAGGCGGUGAAGUAAAACCAGUACAAUUAAGAUUGACUUUUUUCUCGGAGAUUCUUAGGGGAUUUGGGAGUUCGAAGGUUUCGAGAUGUCGUACGGAACUCCGCAAGUCGGGAGGAACCAGGAGAGAGAUGUAAUGACUGUUAAUUUACGAAGCGACACAUUCACGAAGCCAUGUCUAGCGAUGAGGCAAGCCAUGUUCGAUGCAGAAGUGGGCGAUGAUGUGUAUAAUGAAGAUCCAACAGUAAUAAGAUUAGAAAAAUACGUUGCGGAGUUACUGGGAAUGGAAGCCGCAUUAUUCGUAUCAAGUGGAACGAUGGGAAACCUAAUCUCCAUGAUGGUGCAUUGUAACACUCGCGGCUGUGAAAUCUACAUCGGCGAGGAUUCUCACAUCGUGCACCACGAGCAGGGAUCGGCAGCUCAAAUAGCGAACAUCACGAUCUGUCCCCUACCGAACAAUCGCGACGGCACAUUCGACCUGAAGCGACUGAAGCUGAAGCUGAGAGACCCCGACAACUACCACAGCCCAAUUUCCCGGAUGAUAGGAGUGGAGAACACGAUAAAUGGCAAGAUAUUACCGAUGAGAUGGAUCAAGGAGGUGGUGGCCUUUGGCAAGGAGCACGGAUUGAAGCUUCACAUGGACGGUGCGAGGAUCUGGUACGCGUCGAUAAUCGGUGGGACUCCCAUCCGGGAAAUGGUCGAGGGCUUCGACUCGGUGACCUUCUGCCUGAGUAAGAUAGGGGCCCCAGUAGGAUCGAUGCUCUGUGGCUCCAGAGAGUUCAUCACCCAGGCGAGGAGAACGAGGAAAGCCCUGGGAGGUGGAAUGCGCCAGGUGGGAGUUCUAGCUGCUUGUGGCUUCGUGGCACUCGACAACCUCCCCAAUCUCGUCAGAGAUCAUGAGAAGGCUAUUGCGAUGAUGAAGGCCAUCAACCAACUCGAGUCUGAUAUUUUCAGAGUGCAUCCCAUCGAUGCGCAGACCAACAUGGCUUGGAUCAGUGUUGAGGAGACCGAUGAGAUCACUGCGCCGAAGUUAGCUAAACGACUUGGGGAGGUUGAGGACGAGCAUGAGGACGAUCGGGUCAGGGUGUUGGCGUGGUCUGUGCAACCCAGGACUGUCAGGCUGGCUUUCCAUCUCGAUGUGUCUGAUGAGGAAGCCCAGGCUGCACAGAGGAAGAUUAGAUAUGUGAUUAGGAAGAUGGAUCCUAAGUGCAAGAAGAAUUGAUUUUAUUCUAUUAAUAUAAUCAAUUCUAAUUAUUGACACAUUACAUUAUAUUAAUCCGAUAAAAAAUUUUAUCUCCGAUUUUUA